AUGACCAUAACUCCACUAUCAAACACUCAAGUGACCACUCGACAGAUUCCCGAGUGGUACCAUAUACCGAACACUUCGAUCCAAUCCAAGCCGUUGAUGAUAUACCAUGGAGCCUUCAAUGCCACAUCUACGGAGCUCGAGGAGCACCUGAAAGCAGUAGGCGAGGUUGUUCCUCAAUGGGUAUAUAGCAUGUACAGCCAAACCCACUUCCACUCCACAACGCAUGAGGUGCUGGGGAUCGUUUCAGGGAGCGCGCGUCUUUGCUUUGGAGGUGAGGAGAACCCCGAGCGAUUUGAGCCGACGGUCCAGCGUGGUGAUUUGAUCAUUGUGCCUGCGGGGGAGGACCUGCAAGGGAACCAGGAGGAGUUCCAAAUGGUCGGCGCAUAUCCACAUGGCAAACACUGGGAUAUGUGUUAUGGGAAGCCAGAAGAGAAAGCAAAGGCGCAGAGAAUCAAGGAUGUGGCUUGGUUCCGUCAAGAUCCGUUGUAUGGCGUUGAUGGUCCUGCUUUGCACGUCUAG